GGCCCCGCGACGCGCCGGCAGCUGGCGCAGCCCUUCGCUCGCCCGGCCUCCCCCUCCCAGGUUCCGCGCUCGGGUUCCGCCAUGGAAUCCAACAAGGAUGAAGCUGAGCGCUGUAUCAGCAUCGCCCUUAAGGCCAUCCAGAGCAACCAGCCCGACCGGGCGCUCCGCUUCUUGGAGAAGGCACAGCGGCUGUACCCAACGCCGCGUGUUCGCGCUCUGAUUGAGUCCCUCAACCAGAAACCACAGGCUGCCGGUGACCAAACCCAACCCACAGACACUACCCACGAGACCCACAGGAAAACAGGUGCGACCGACGCCCCCUCAGCCAACGGUGAGGCUGGAGGAGGAGAGAGCACCAAGGGCUACACUGCAGAGCAGGUGGCGGCCGUGAAAAGGGUCAAGCAAUGUAAAGAUUACUACGAGAUCCUGGGGGUGAGCCGAGGAGCCUCAGAUGAGGACCUGAAGAAGGCCUACCGCAAACUGGCCCUCAAAUUCCACCCAGACAAGAACCAUGCACCUGGGGCCACUGAAGCUUUCAAAGCCAUUGGGACAGCAUAUGCGGUACUCAGCAACCCUGAUAAAAGGAAACAGUAUGACCAGUUUGGUGACGACAAGAGCCAGGCAGCCCGGCAUGGCCAUGGGCAUGGGGACUUCCACCGGGGCUUUGAGGCUGACAUCUCCCCCGAAGACCUCUUCAACAUGUUUUUCGGUGGUGGCUUCCCUUCUAGUAACGUCCAUGUCUACAGCAAUGGACGCAUGCGCUACACCUAUCAGCAAAGGCAGGACCGCAGGGAGAACCAGGGUGAUGGCGGGCUAGGAGUAUUUGUACAACUGAUGCCCAUCCUCAUCCUGAUCCUUGUGUCAGCUCUCAGCCAACUCAUGGUCUCCAGUCCACCCUACAGCCUGAGCCUGAGACCGUCGGUGGGCCACAUCCACAGGCGAGUCACUGAGCACCUGGGCGUGGUGUACUACGUGGCAGACUCCUUUUCUGAGGCACACACCGGCUCCAGCCUCAAAGCAGUUGAGCGGAACGUGGAAGACGACUACAUCGCCAACCUCCGCAACAACUGCUGGAAGGAGAAGCAGCAGAAGGAAGGCUUGCUGUAUCGGGCCCGCUACUUUGGCGACACAGACAUGUACCAGAGGGCACAGAAGAUGGGCACCCCAAGCUGCAACCGGCUGUCAGAGGUGCAGGCCUCCCUGCAUGGAUAGUCCUGGGCCAGCCACACCACCCAGGUCCAAACUAUGAAAUCCCUGGAGAAUUUUUGGUGACACACACUGAGCCAAGGUGACGGACUGUAUAUUUAAAGAAAGACAUACAAAGAAAAAAAAUUAAAAUGGAAUUGGAGGCCGAACGCCGCACAACUGCCCUCUCUCUCACCCAGUAAAUACAGAAAGCUCUUAGGACAGACAGAAAGCCUGCCACAGGGCUGCCUCCCUCCCUCCCAGGGCUGUCAGAGGCUCCACAUCGCUCGCUCCUAGGAUACAGAAACCAUGGCAACAGAAGUAGAAUGUAAAAGUUGCAGCCAAUGUCUGUAGGAAGGACUGGGGGAGGGGGUUAUCCUACCACCACCACCACCACCACCACCCCCCUUAGGAGCCACCAGCAGUCACCUCAAAGCAGCCAGGCAGAAGUGCUGGCCAAGGAUAGCGGAGGAAAGAGCUCACCACAGAAUGGAACCUACAGAUGCUUGUAUAUGUAUAUAUAUCUAUUUAUAUGUAAAUAGACAUAUAUAAAGAUAUAUAUAUAUGUAUAUAGUCUUUAUGCAGGGACUGGGUUUUGUUCUGUAUUUUAAAAAAUGAGGCCUGUUUGAGGAAGCCUGGUUCUUCAAAAGCUACAUGGUAGCCAUGAUUGCCAGGGUAUGUUUUAGUGUCGUUCCCCACCCCUCCCCCUGGCUGUUUCUGAUGGCAGCAGUAAUCAUGGUGGUUGAAAUCCAUUGGAAGCUUCUGAAGGUAGCCAGAUUUGUGGUUAAACUGGAGAGGAGCAGGUGGGGUGGGGCCGCUAAGGGCAGGUACCAGGUCAGUAUUGAGCCAUGGUAGAGACCCCAGGCAGGGCCUAUUCAAGCUGCCUCCUCCUUGGCACCUCAGGUGGGCUUUGUCCUGUUGUCCAGUAGCCAGGCCCCUGCACACGGCAUACAUCAGGGCCUAGCCCCCUCCCGACCCCAGUCCCUAAGUGGGUUUUGCCUUAUAAGGUGCCCCCAGGGCACAGCUCUAGUUGCCACUGGUUUUUCCUAAGUCAAGCACCAAGGAUUCCAGACUGCUUUUCCUCCAAGAGUCAGCCCAGGACCCCAGGACCUCAGGACAGCAGCCGACUCGGGAAGAAGUCAGUGCCUAUGGGCGCCCCUGCCUUCUCCCUCCAAGGACUCCACCAGACCUCCAUUGCUGAUCCCUGGACAAAGGACACGGCAGAAUGGCUUUCUCACCCUCCCUACGAAUGAGGAUUUUUUUCUCUCUCUCUCAAAACAGCAGCUGCUGCCAAGGCAAGGAGGGAGGUUUUAUUUAUUCCCGUGUUUAUACAGGGCCUUUUGGACUCGCUGUGCUCCUGUGGCAGUGGGAGUGGCGUCCUGCCCACUGUCUUCCAAAGCCUUACUUCCCCUAGCUGCCAGCCUCAAGGUGGUAACUGUCCUCCCAGAGUUUCUCUUGGCUUUUUUUUUUUUAAGGUUCCCCCAACAAAUAGGAUUCUUGCUGAGAGGAAGUUUGGUAAGGAAAUGUCAAAUCUGAUUUUGAAACAACGUUGCACCCUGCAGUGAGGUGACCACCCUGGCCUGGCCAGAGUGAUCAUGAGAACUGGAUGCAGGCCAGAGAGGCCCUCCCCUGGUGGCUCUAGCACUCUGCCCCCACCACUGCGACCGUCCAGUCUUGGUAGCUGUCCCUAGAUGGGCUGAGCAACGUGCAAUAAGAACAUAGAUCCUUAAGGAUCCCCUGAGAAGCUGUAUUUCUUGAAUUAGAAUUCUGAAAUUGUACAUCUAUAAAUACAUGUUUAUUAUGUGAUUGAC